AUGAUUGAUGAUGUGAUGAUGAUAUUAGUGAUUUGUGAAAAUUUUCUUACCUCGCUAAAAAAAAAAAAAAAAAAAAUGUACUCCGCGAUAUCUUGGGUUGCCAAUUUGUUUUGGCGUCUUCUUUUUUGUCUUUUACAACCAUGGCAUGAAAUGUCAAUUGCGAUUAGAGUUGAUAAAAAUUACUACAAACUAACCUAUGAUUAUAAAACCGACAAUCAACAAUUGUCAAGUAUUACAAUCCCUUACCCUGAAUUGUCAAUUCAUUUUGACAUAAUAAUAAACAACACUCAACUAAAGUCCUCCACAUAUGGUGCACAAUUUCUAACUCAAUUAUCUAAAAGAUUUGCUAACUUUUGGAAUAAUUUAGAAUAUGAUACUGCGCUUAACAUUUCAGAUGAUUCAAAUCAUACUUUUGAUUUAAACCUCAAAUGUCAAGUUUUUUCCAAUUAUGCAGCAUCUAAUCAUCUAAGAGCAAUAAAUUUGUCAUUAACAAUUAUAACAGAUCAACAAUACAUAUCACUAGAAGAAAUUCUUGUAAGGUUCAAUUAUUUGUUGGAUUCUUGGUAUCUUCAUUCUGAGAUUAAUCUACCAUUGGUGUUUUCUUGCAUAGGACGUAAAUUCGUUAAGAUUAAUGCAUUCUGGUAUAGAAAAUGUCGGCAAGAUAUCCUUGGUAAUGACUCAUUUGAAAUUGAAAAGCUAUUACCUUCACUUGUUUCAAAAAUCAUGCAAGAACUAGUUGUAGUUCAAUUGUUGCAACAGAAAGGAAAAUUGCCUUCAAUUGAUGACGUUCAUCGAAAUUAUCAUAAUAUAGUUAAGGCAUUUUCUAUCCGUUUAAUCGAUUACUAA